ACUCGGCUGUCAUACGGCAAACAUGUACUGCAACAUAUCGCUCAUCUUUUCCAGCCUCCAAACAGCGUCUCGAGCCUACCGUUUCCGACUCGGUAGAGGCGACCUCGGCGCCGAGGCUAUGCGUUGAUCGGCUUCAAGAUGGGAUGCAAUGCUUCAUUUCUUCACUCUGCAUAUCAUUUCCUUUACGCCUAACCACAUCUCGUCUUUGGCUUCAUCCACCUCUCUUCCAUAGUCAUCCAUCACAAUGUUCAAGUCACUCUCGUCACGAGCCGCACGGCAACUCCUCCAACCCGCUACCACAUCCUCCAUCACCCGCCGCUAUGCGCACGCGCCCGCCGUCUUCGACUGGAAAGACCCCCUAGGCAGCAGCAACAAUUACACCGAAGAAGAGCUCGCCAUAGCCGAGACUGCGGAAUCAUACUGUCAAGAGCGGUUAUUACCACGGGUACUCGACGCCUACCGCAACGAAGAGUACGACCGUAACAUCCUAGCCGAGAUGGGUGAACUCGGCCUCCUGGGCGCCACAAUCCAAGGCUACGACUGCGCCGGCGUCUCCUCCGUUGCCUCCGGCCUCAUCACCCGCGCCGUCGAACGUGUUGACUCCGGCUACCGCUCCGGCAUGUCCGUACAAUCCUCCCUCGUCAUGGGCGGCAUCGACGAAUUCGGCACGGAAGAACAAAAACAGAAAUUCCUCCCCGGCAUGACCAAAGGCAAAAUCCUCGGCUGUUUCGGCCUGACCGAACCAAACCACGGCAGUGACCCGGGAAGUCUAGAAACAGUUGCGAAACCGCACCCAAGCAAAGAAGGAUACUACAGCCUGUCCGGCUCCAAAACCUGGAUCACCAACAGUCCGAUAGCCGAUGUCCUCCUCGUCUGGGCCAAGCUGCAAGAAACGGGCAAAAUCCGCGGUUUCCUCGUCGAGCGCGAGAACUGUCCCCCAGGCACCCUGGAAACGCCGAAACUCAGCCACAAGAACGGCCUCCGCGCCUCCAUAACCGGCAUGAUCCAGAUGGACGGCGUCCCCGUCACGAAGGAAAUGAUGUUCCCCCACGUCGAAGGCCUCCGCGGUCCCUUCUCCUGCCUCAAUAGCGCCCGCUUCGGCAUCGCCUGGGGCACCAUCGGCGCGCUGGAAGACUCAAUCGCUCGCGCCCGCACUUACGCGUUGGAGCGACGGCAGUUCAAAAACAACCCCAUCGCGAAGUACCAACUCGUGCAGAAGAAACUCUCCGACGCCACGACCGAUGCCGCGUACGGGAUCCUGGCCGCGUUGCAAGUGGGCCGGCUGAAGGAUGAGGGCAAGGCGGCUCCGGAGAUGAUUUCGAUGAUUAAGCGACAGAACUGCGAUCGCGCGUUGAUCAAUGCAAGGCAUCUGCAGGAGAUUUUCGGCGGGAACGCGGUGAGUGAUGAGUAUCAUAUUGGCCGGCAUGUGGCGAAUUUGUUCGUCACGCAGACGUAUGAGGGGCAGAGUGAUAUUCAUUCUCUGAUUCUGGGUCGGGCAAUUACGGGGAUCCAGGCUUUCGUGUAAGUACUGCAUGGGUGUGGUGGAAGGUAGUCUGCAUUUACUGGCGUCGCGCGGAACCAGGAUGUUGGAGACGUGGCCGGGUUUGGAGUUCGGGUCGGGUUACGACUCGUGCAUGUGCGGAAGACCAAUGUAUUGUCGUAUUUUAUGUAAAGACUUUCAAGCCUCCCGAUACGCCGCCUUGCCUUGCCCACGAAGCA